AUGCUGCGUCACCGGCAUAGCACCAAGUCCAAAUCGGAUAUCAAACACCGCAAGUCCACCUCGUCUGUGCAUAGCGUGCAUCUCGAGCACAUCGACCCGGUUGUGGCGCACCGGGACGCCCAGGCUGCGGCCUGCCAGGCAUAUGCUCGAGCCCAAGGCCGCGAAAAGGCAGACAUGUCGCUGUUCCCCCCGACGCCAGACUCGUCCCCCCGGCGCCCACAGACAAGCAUAAAUGGCCUGGGAGAAGAUGACGCCGGUACACCGUGCCACGGUCGUGAGAGCAGCCAAACCCUCCGCCGCAGACAGAGCGUCCGCUUUAUGGGCCCGUGUUCUGUCGAGCGAAGGACUGGCCGGAGAUCUGGUGUCUAUUCUGAACGCAGCUCUUGGGAUCCGGACCCUCAAUGUGUCCGGCUGCAGGAAAACUUCGAUACCAACAGCUCGCGGAGCUAUGUCUUGGGUGACGACGGUGGUGACUUUGGAAUACGGCAACUCGGCGAGCCAAGUCAGCCGCACAGAAAACCGCCUCCCAUCCCGCUGUCUGGCUUUGCCGCUGAAUAUCUCGAUUCCCUGUUGAAUGGGGACCAGCAAUACACGCCUGAAGAUGAUAUAGCAUCCGCUCCAUCCUCGUACCGCCGUCUUCGUAGGUCCAGGUCGAUGUUCGCCUCCGAGGGCCAUGGUGCCAGGAGAAGCCAGGACGGCUCCCUUUCAUUUCUGGAUGCGCAACCCCCAAGUGACAGCCAAUCACCAACAUCAAAAACUCGCAGAAUACUUCGGUUUGACUCGGAGGUGGAAAACAAUUCAACUCCCUCUCCUUUGCUACGGGCCCCAAAGUCAAUGAGUUUUCUCAGAAGCCGCAACAUUCGAUCGAGGACCAGCACUAGUCGAGAUGGCCACAGUGCAGGUCAUCCCCUGGCCGGUCCGCCUUUGCUCCCUGAGGAAGAGCUUCAAACAGGAGGGCGAGUAACCCCACAACAUGUGAACAGAUUACCUGGGUUCUUCGGUUCAAGAAGCCGACGGAAUGAGCCUGGGAUUCCCAAGUCUCUACGCUGUAGCAACUCAGAUGAAGGAUUUAAGACGAAGGCCAGAAAAGUAUCGAAAUCUCUCAAGACAAAACUAAAAACAUUCUUCAGUCUCUCCAAGUCUGAAGACCAGCCUCCGUCGCUCCCGGACCAGCACAUUGAUGCCCAGAGAACUUAUGCUACCGAGCGAUGCGGGUCGUUGCUAUCCUCAGAUGCCGGGCACGAGACUUGUAUUGUCGGAGACUGGGGCUCUAUCCACAGGGUUCCGGCAAAGAUGCCAUCACUCCAGACAGUACCCGCAAAUCUCCUCCAUUCCAAUAGAGGAAGUGUAGAGAGCCUGAGGAGUGAACGAGAGCGGAAAGUAUCUGAUGACAAGUCGCUGACAAGCUGGACGAAUUCCGGGCCCAGUACAUUGACUAGUCAGCAACAGCAACAGUGGAGGGAGUGGGAAAGACAACGCCUUUCUAUUAUCACAGAACAUGGCACGCAUGCCCCGUCACCCUCUUUCCCGAGAAAAGCCCUUGGGACGCAACUUUUCCAACAGCAUGACAACAACAACGGCAAACCUAUCAAGCAACUUUCAGAUACCCUGGACCAGAAGUCCCACCCCCGUGCUGAUGGCUCACAUUGUCUUCGUGCUACGGCGUCUAGCGAAUCUCUUGGCAAGCCUCCAAGCAACACUCCAAAGACCAUUAGAUGCGUUGCUUCCCACCAAAACUUCCAUGCAUCUGAUCCAGCCAUAACCCCUACACGCGGGCAAAUUGGGCGAUUCAGAACAGGAUCUCCCGUGGCACCGAGCGCGCGCCGUUUUGGUUUGGAACCAGCUAAGAGAGAAGUAAAAGGACUCUGCGCCGCGUUCAGGGCUGCUCGUCCAAGAUCUGCUUCGAAUUGUACCGCAAGUUCAGCCAAAACCGCAGGAGACAACAACGACGAGACUCCCUCUGCGGCUCUUGGCUCCCCAUACGACGAGCUCAGGUCUUUCCAGGAUCGCAGUUCGGCAUUCUUUGGAAGUCCCACUUCGCACCUCUUCAGAACAACGAGCCCAUUCCGUCGGGCUCUGCGGAAGUCUAUUGAGGAGGAAGAGCAGAUCAUAGAACCACGGCAGAAUCCCUCAGAUGCCCAUAGUUCGGAUUGCGACACCCAGGUCCGCGGGACUGGCCAGUAUCAAAAUACUGACUCUGAACCUGCUAAUAAUAUGGACUAUUCUGAGAGUGUCUACUCUUCAGAUGGGCAAGACGCGGCAGAGACGAGGCCGAAUUUGGGACCCCUGACCACAGCUCGAGACGCAAACACUCCUGGGGGCAUCCGGCUCACAUAUCAACCUGCUGGUUACCGCACCGAUUCCUCAGUAAGCUCGAUUGACUGGAAAACUUGGCUAUCCGCCAACGUAGCCAAGAUGGAACAAUCUCCCAUGGCUUCGAGUCGGUCUGAGGUAGAGUUUGCCUUACCAACCAUGCCGAAAAGCUUCACCAGUGGCCAUGUUCGAGAGCCUGCACAGAUAUUUGAUGAUUAUGACGAUGAAGAGUUCGACGUAUUUGAACCCCCCACGCAUAAACCGACGCUGCCGACAACACCUUUGGCAGUUGUAGAGCCAAACGUUGUGAAGCUAUCGCCACUGCAACGCUCAGUCAAAAGAAUCACCCCCCCGUCUGGAGGUAGGCCGCUCUUGGAGAAUGAUAGUCCAACUGGUGCGCCCCCUAUUCCCUUGAAGAGUCCCCUCAGGGGGGUGGCCCCUCCCCCCUUGAAGUUUGUCGCAACAGCUCAAACGGCUCGUUCCGCCACUCCUUCGGUGGCCUCCAGUCCCGGUCUGACAGCGGCGGUCCAGCGACAGUUUGGAUCAUAUUCAUUCUUAUCCAAGAGUUUCCGAUGA